UAUCUGUGAUGCAACCAAAUGGAAGCGUCGGUAAUCUAUGUCUGUGUGUAGCUUACUGUCAUAGAUGAGACAGCAUAGUGGGCUGGCAUUGAGACUGGGACAGGACAUUGGUGAUUGGUAGUACAACUGUCACCACUACAUCAGAGGUGUAACUAUGGAUGGGGGUGAACUCUAUGAUAUGCACAUGUGCCUGGUGUGCCAUUCCACAGUUGUUGGUCUCCUCAACUAUGUCAACCACAAAAAAUAUGACUGCCCUGGAAAACAGCAGAAUCAUAAUGUCAAGCCUCCAAAUACCAGUGUUACUGAACCGGUUCAACAGAUAGCCACAGGGUCCAGCAGUUUAGUCCAGGAUCCAGGUCAGGCGGAGAAUCGCCAUGAUAACAUGCAGAACGGUGGCAAGUCAAAUAUUGAUCUUGGAACUGUAAUCAGCCUGCAGGAUCAACCGCAAAGUUCAACGAAUACAACCUUGGCUUUUACAAGGUCAGAUGGAGGUCACGGAGAGAUGUCAGGAAACAUGGGUCACCGUGAAGAUUUAUCAAAUAUAUCGGAAACACAAGCUCAGGACUUCAGUUCCAGUGCUGUUGGUAGAAAUCAUAUUACCAGUCUUGCAAUUUCCAAUGUGAUGACUAAAAGCUCUAUAUCAACCACAGGACAACUUGACAUUGGAUCUUCUAACCAUCUGCUCUCUUCAUCUUCAAAUCUUCACGGUAGUUCAUCUCAGAAUCCAGUGUUAGUAGAUACAAGUCUCGAAUAUUCAAGUUUUCGCCCAGAUGCUUUUAGUCCAGGUUCCAGCAGUGUUGUUGACCCUAAUAUGAUAAUGAGUUCCAGGACAUCAGGAGAAAGGCCUGAAGACUUUUUCUCUUCACUUGCUCUGCAGAGUAAGAGUCAACCACAGAACACUAUGCUUGGCCCUAGUUUGAGUCAUACUGUUACUAGUGGCAACAAUGAGAGUCUUACCAACGACCUGCCUAUAUCAAACAUCUUGAAUAAUCUAAAUUUCAGUGAUGAUGAGGACAUGAACUUUUCCUUCUCUGAAGAUGAUUUAUUUGAGGAUGCAUUUUCCGAUUCAGACUCGGAUGAUGGAUGGAGACCGCCACACAAUCAUACAAAGGGAAAAUGGAAACCUGGACAAGGCCCGGAGUCUGGAGGCAAAUGGAAACCAGGUCAGUCUCACCAGCAGAGUGGGGGGAAAUGGAAACCAGGUCAAUCUCACCAGCAGACUGGGGGAAAAUGGAAACCAGGUCAAAGUCAUCGGCAGACUGGGGGGAAAUGGAAACCAGGUCAAGGCCCGUACAGUUCUGGGGGUAAAUAUAGGCCAGGUCGCACUACAGGUGGGAAAUGGAAGCCAGGCCACUCUUUGUUACCGAACAAAUCCAGUCCUAAUGUUGACAAGAAAAAAAGAGGUAGGCCUGCCAUUACUGAGAGUAGGAGUCAGCAGGAAUACUUCUGUACGGCCUGUAAUAUAUACUUUAAGAACAGGUUCUCCUACUCCAGUCACUGUACAGGUAAACAGCAUAAGGAAAAUGUCAUCAUAGGAAAAUGUUAUGACAACGACUCCGAGGGAGGCUUAGGACUUGGGGAGAGUCUUAGUAUCCCUCAGAUCAAAAGUGUAGAAGAGAAUUUCAAGUCUGACUCUCCAACCACCGACUCUCAAACAGAGCCUCUUGCUAACAGUAACAUUCCUGAGUACAAAACUACUGGCCUACCAGUAGAUAGUGCUGACCAAGAAGGAGAGUCUAGUGCAGCUAUUAUGAUGGCUGAAACGGAGGAUCAACCUACGAAUGUAGAGGAGGAUGAAAAUGCCAUGGCUUUGGCCAUAUCACCCAAGGGCAGCGACAGAGGAAACAAGGCUGAAUUGUCAGAUGGUGGUGAUGACAUUGAUCCUAUAGAUAAUGAUGGCAAUGAUGGCGAUGGUAGCACUGAUGAAGAUGAAGAAGAAGUGGAGAAUAAUGAUGUUGGGCAUCAGGAAGAACCUGAGCCCAUCAAUCUGCCAUCAGAAGUCCUAGUGUGCUGGAUUUGUGAUAAAAAGUUCUACAGUAAGUACGUGUUGGCCCGUCACAUGUUGUCAGCAUACCACAGGAAUCGCACCAAGGGUCACCCAGAUACUCUGCGUGUGUUGGAACAGUACAACAAAUACAUUGUAAGGCUCAGUCCUUUCCAAUGUAGCCCUUGUCAGUUUUACUUCAACAGGGAUGAAGAUUUACGCAGUCAUCUGGCUACUGCAGUACACAUGAAGCGUAUUAAGAAACUCAGUGGACAGUUGAUUUGUACGUUGUGCAAGUUUGUCAGUCAUGACAAUAAUGCAGUGAGGGAUCAUAUGGAUUCCAGACAGUCCCACAUAGAUGGACUUAAGAAAGGGAACAAACCCUGCAUUAUAAAGGAAAAAUUCCAGGGCACUAAAUGUAAAUACUGUGAUAAAAUCACUCACUCACGUACACAUAUGAAGCGCCACAUUCAUUAUAAACAUGCAGCAGAACUAAAACGGAAAAGCUACAAGGUCGAAGAAAAUGGAAAGUAUAAGUGCUGUGAAUGUUCUAAAGAAUUCAAGUCGUACAAAGUGUUGAACUUACACAUAAGUAGGCAGCAUAACAUCAGCAGUGAAAAUUACUGUGAUAUCUGCAAUAAAACCCUUGCGGACAAAUACUCUUACGAACGUCACCUUCAAGGAGACAAACACCUUAGAAAUGAGCAGAGUCAGCAAUACCGACCAUCAGCUAACAAGAGCGUCAAUAAAUUUGAGGUCGUAAAUCCAAGUCUGACUGCCACUAACAAUAACAUAUCGGGUCUAAAGCGGAGCGUUAAACUGAUCAUACGGACAUUACCAGCCAAGAGAAUGCGAAAGAACAAGAAGAAGGCCGAGAACAAGAUCUACAAGUGUGACCAUUGUGAACACAGCGUAACGAAAUACUCGGACCUUCGUCCUCACUACAUUGCUGUACAUUCCAACCAUAUUCUUGUGUGCGACAUAUGUGACAUGACUUUCAUCAGUCAAAAGGCCCUCAAACACCACAACCAGAGCAAGCUCCAUCAGACAAACCUCAAGGAAGUGGAAGGCAAGAAUACCCAGAGUAUUUAUCAGUGUGAAAUCUGUAAGCACCGCUUCACUGAAGAGGGAUGGAAACAAUUCCACAUGGAGGUGUACCAUCUCCACCCAAACUCUGAGGAAGCAUUACAGAAAAAGCUCGGUGGCAAGGACAUUACCAGUAAGAUGUAUUCAGAUUAUCUCAAAAGUGUGGAACAUCUAGACCGCGCAGAAAAAGUCAAUUGUCCAGUGUGCAAUAAGAAUCUUAAAAAGGAACACGUACUAGAACAUUUACGUCUCCACACAGGAAACAAACCCUUCAUGUGUCGCUAUUGUAAUUUUGGGUUCAUCUCGGCUCUCUCGCUGCGACGCCAUUUAUUGGGUCACAUGGGUUUAACAGAGAGGAAAUGUGAGGAGUGCGGGAAGGAAUACAAGAAAAUAUCUUCAUACAAAGAACACAUGUUACAACAUGAAAUGGAGAAAGCUGGCAAACAAAAAUUUAUGUGUGAUAUAUGUGGCCAGGCGUUCUACCUGCAGAAACAGCUCAAUAAUCACAUGCGGCGACAUGGGGAACGCAAGUUUAAAUGUUCAUUUGAUAAUUGUCACUGGAGUUUCUAUUUCUCCAAUGAACUAGAAUCACAUAUGAGAUCCCAUACAAGAGAAAAACCAUUCCUGUGUGAUAUUUGUGGUUAUGCUGCUGCAACCAAAAAUCGUCUGCUUCGCCACUCUAGGACCCACACUGGAGAGAGGAAAUUCCAUUGUGAGUAUUGUACGUAUAAAGCUGGUACUAGUACGCAUCUACGGCGUCACAUGCGGAUCCAUAUUGGAUCUAAGCCAUACAAGUGCCCUUACUGUGAUUACUCAUGUAACACACACGAGAACAUCCGCAAACAUAUUGUCAAAACUAAGAAACAUGCAGGACUCUGUAUCUAUCCAUGUAAAUUUUGUCCAUUUGGAACUAAUAAGGUCACAGAAUUCAGGGAACAUUUGGUAGACAAUCACCCCAAUGAGGUGGAAGGGAGCGUGUUUGACGGGCUGGCAGAAAUGACGGGUCUUUAUAACAAGGAGCAAGACCCCAGGAAGCCAUCAGAAGGCAUGAGAAUCAACCCAAUUAAGGAGAGGAAGGUCAGAUUGCAGAAGAAGCAGUUUGGUAUGAAAAAACGUGAAAAUACUGAAACUCCAGCAAGAAUUCAAGAAAAAUCGCGACCAGAGUAUGCCAGUCAUCCUGAUUCCUUGAUGCCUGCUGAGCAACACAAAAUACCUAGUCAUUUAAAUACAAUUUGGCAUGAGCAGAUCGAAAAGGAGGCUCGGGAUGCUGCAGCUAUUUUGGUUUCAGCAGGCAAUGCAAGUGCAUCUGCACUGCAUACACAUCACCAUCCAUCAGCCUUGCAUGGUUCACUGGGACUGAUGUCAGCCUAUAACUAUUACCCAGAAGCAUUGACAGGACGAAGCAAGGUAGAUAGUCCAUAUGUACCUAAUGGCUCCACAAGUAACCUUAUUAGAAUUGAUCCUCAUGCCAGUAUACCAAACCAUGCCCACCAGCAAUGUGACAGACCAGACCUCAUAAUAGACUACCUAGAAAUGGAGGUACAAGAGAACGCCUAGUCUUGUAAUAUUUAUCUCCCUUCACGUAUACUGGAGGCCCAGGGCAACACCUAGACUUGGAAUCAAGUAGGUUACCUCCCUUAUCUAAUAAUGGUGAUCUUGGAGAACAAUGAGAAAGUUCUUUUCCUUGUCUGUUAAUGGAGGCCUGGAAUAACAUCUAGACUCAGAAUGGGGUAGGUUAUCACCCUUGUCUGAUAAUAGAAGUCUGGUACAAUAAUUGUCUUGAAAUGUAGAAGGUUGUCUCCCUUAGCAGUCAGUGAAAAAAGUGUCUUGGAACGGAGUUGGUUAUCUCCCUUGUUUGAAAAUUGUGGUUAUGGGCACCUGAGCCACAUUUUCGUAAGAGUUUGACUAGUUAGAUCAGGGUUGUUAAUUGAUGAAAAAAGAAUGGAUCUAUUGUUGAUAUUUUGCUUACUGACUAGCCUUGACAAAAUCUUUCAAAAUCUGUAUUUAUAUGCAGAGAUCUGCAUGAUUCAUGCCUGAAAUAUAUAUGUACAUUUGUAAUGUUGAUGAACCUGUUUGCAUAAACGAAAGCGGCCUAAAAGUUUUGUUUUACAUGGGGUAUGUUUUUGAAAAUAGGAGAAUUGUGUUCGAUUCAGGAUUAUAUAGUCUGUUAAGCAGAGGCAAGGAGGUCCUAGUUAAUAUCUCUGUCCAUAACAGAGAUAGUGAACUGGUGAAUGAUUGAUAACAAAACAACUCUUGACUUGUUUGCAGCAAUUUUUUUUUAAAGAUUUUCUGAACUUUUGUUAUUACUGAAAUUUGGUUCUAUUGUUUUGAUAUUUACAUACACAAAGCUUAGUGUGAUACCUCUUUGUAUUUCUGUUGUAAAAGAUUCAACACUUCACUCAUCAUAAAAGUUUACCUAUAUAGUCUGUCAUUCUGAUAUUCUUUUAAAGUUGAUGGGGAGGGAUGAGGACGUGUGUUAAGUUAAUAAAUAAAGAUGGAGAGUUAAAAAAAAAACUUUCUCAGAAAUUACUGUCCAGGCCAGGACACCUCUCAGUAAUUUAUGGUGUCUUGUUAAGAUGUCGCUUUUAGAGUUAUCUUCCCUUGUUGUUAUUUAGAUAUUAUAACUUCAAAAGGAAGGAGCCAACGUCGGGUGUAAGUAAGUGGGUGUUAAACAGGGACUUUGCUGUGAGUAUGGAUACCACAGGGUAGGCAAGGCGAUUUAACAAACACUAAAUAUUAAAUAUGAAAUGGAAAUUAAUUACAACUUACUUCUGCGUUACCAAUUAAGUGGGUGUUCACUUACUCGGUGACUAGUUUCGCCUCUGCCACAGAGGCUUCAUCUGGAUCUGGUCUUGAAGAAGCCUUGGUAAUGCAUGAGUAUGUUGCGAUUUAUACCCUCUUCAUAUAUACUACUUAGAUAUUAUAAGUAGGUAAUUAAUGGGGAAAAUACCGCAUAUUUAGAUAUACAUAUAUUUAAAUAAGUCAUAAUUGAUAAAAAAAAAAGAGGGGUAAUAAUUUCUAUAAUUUUGAUGAAUCAUUUAUUUAAGUAU